CUCUGAAGACCAACGCAGUUCUGUGCUGCUGAUACGGGGAUUAUGCUAUUAUAAAGUAAAAUCUAACACGAAAGAGGCGGAUUUAUGAACGAGGUGACACUGGAUGCGACCGAUAUGAAGAGGAUCCAUACAAACUUUCCUUAUUUCUGUUUGUAAAAUUCAGCCGCAGGCAGGAAAAUGCAAUGGUUUAAAAUAGUCUACUCAAGUAUUAUUAUUUGGUUUCAUCAUUGCACUGCUAAAGAUCCAUCUCUGCCAUUGCAAGGAAGGAACAUAUCAUGUGAUGAAUCUUAUUACGAAUAUGUGCCUGACCACCUGCAGUGGCAUGAUGCCAGGCAAGUCUGCCAGAAGAAGUCUGGAGUCCUGGCUACAGUUUCCAAUGCAUUUGAGAACACGGAGUUGACCAACUUUUUUCACUCAUUAAACAUAACACAGCAGGUCUGGAUAGAGGGGAUGGUUUUGACUCCCAGAAUUGGUGCCUUUGAAUCCUUCAUUCUGCAGUUCUCCGGCAAAAGUAACAGGAAGCAUGCUCGUCUCCUUCGGCAGUUUCCCAGCAUGCAAUCUGUCACUGUUUGCGUUCAUAUUCAAUUUGAUCAAAGCUGUUACGGAUUUUCCACUGUUUUCUCUUACUCCAUACCGUCAUUUAUAAACGAGUUUCAGCUCCGAGCCAGCAUAGUCCGCGGGAGCCCCAUCCAGCUUGCUCUGAUGGUACACGGCCUGCAUGGACCUUACUCGGUGGCUUCUGAAAAUGACGGUCUCUGGCAUUUUGUGUGCGUGAGCUGGACUCGGGACAAAGGCGAGUGGCUAGUAACCGUUGACGGGCAAGUCGUAAACCAGGGGGAAAAUCUCAACUCCUCUGCCGACAUCGGCCGGGAUGGCCAGUUCAUUAUCGGUCAGGAGCAGGACACUUUUGGCGGCUCCUUCAGGAGCGACGAAUCCUUCUCAGGGAACAUUACGUGGCUCAACAUUUGGGACCGGGUGUUGAACCUCAGCGAAAUCCACGCCUUGGAAAGUGAGUGCUCGCUGACGUCGCCUGGAUUGUAUUAUAAGUGGGACUACUCAACCCUAGAGAUGGAGCAAUCCCUGAGGACACACUGGGGAAUCUCCCCCUGCCAAGGGAAGAGAAGUGACAACCAAGAAGACGUAUACUUUUGGUCGCAAAGUGGUUUAAUAUAUCACAACUUCACCUCAGUGCAGAAUGUUUUGCCUAAUAGUGGAGAAUGUGUGGCCUUUGACCCUACAAGUGGUGGCUGGGACUUGGAUUUGUGUGUGGAAACAAAAGGAGCAGUCUGUCAGUUUGACAAAGAUACCGUUGAAAAUCAGCAACAUAUAUUCAAAUUUCCCAAGACUUCCUUUUUUACCAAAGUGGGCAAUGACCCUCUGGCCAAAUCUGUGAUGGAGGAGGAACAUUUGAAUGUAACACCAGAAAAUUACUUUCAUGUUUUGAGCAUAUUUGGAACGUUCCUGCUGAGAGUUUUGGAGGCGAACCCAGACAUGGUUACACCCAUCGAUAUGCUUUACCUGGCCCAGGUGAUUGAGCUGGCAGCUGAAACACAAGUCUCUGUCAUUGGUAACAGCUCUCAAUCAGUUUUGUCUUUUGCUACUGACUAUCUGAACCUGGCCAGUGAGUUAAUCGACCCCAAGAUGGCUGCCCGAUGGCUCGACCUGGCUGAGGAGGGGGUUGCUCUUGGGCCUUUCAAUGUGGUUCAAAGCAUCGACAAAUUGACCGGGACUCUGGCAGAUGUCCUGUCUGUGGAAGGAAAAAGCUUUACGCUAUCAACCAAAAACAUAGAUGUGCACUUGGAGCCCCGGGAGCUCUCUCAGCCGAGCUGCAGCUGCUCAUACAAACCUUCUGCAUUCGGGGGCCAGGCCAACAGCCAGGAUGAGAUCCUUGUCCCAGACACAGAGGUGUUCCGGCUCCAGUCCCUGGGUUAUAAGGAGGUCAUGUUUAUCCAUGUGUACUAUAGUCACCUUGUGGAAAUCCAAUCAAACGUGCAAAGAAAACCUUCAUUAGAGGACUACACAGAAGGCAGAAGUUUGCACACGGGUAGACUUGCUACUGCUGUUAUCUCUGCUACUGUCAGAGAUUUCUCCAGGAGCCAAAAUAUUCCAGUUGCUGUUCAUUACACCUUAUCCUCUUCUGACAUGGUGGAGUACUCUUGGCUCGUUAAGCCUGUCUGCGUGUUUUGGAACUUCAGCCUGAUGACUGAAGAUCAAGACGGCUGGUCAAGUGAAGGCUGUCAAGUGACCUAUUCUGGAUCUGUGGUCACCUCCUGCUUCUGCAACCACACAACCAACUUUGCGGUUCUCAUGAAUUACAUGGGAUCGAAGUGGAGCCCGGAGGAGCAGAGUGUUUUGACUAAGCUGACGUUCAUCGGGUCUGGAGCCUCGCUCUGCGCGCUCGUGGUGACCUUGAUGCUGUUUACCGUGCUGGACAUUCCCAAGUCUGACCGCAUGUCAAUCCAUAAGAAUCUGUUUGCAGCUCUGACAGCUGCACAGAUAGUGCUCCUCUGCAGUGGAGCUGCUGUCGGCAAUAAGGUGGCCUGCACGCUGGUGGCUGCGCUCCUGCACCUUUUCUUCAUGGCUGCGUUCAGCUGGAUGCUGGUGGAGGGACUGCUGCUUUGGAGCAAAGUGGUGACGGUCAACCUGAGCGAGGAGAGACACAUGAAGUACUACUAUCUGAUUGGCUGGGGCCUUCCGGUUCUGAUAGUCACCAUCACUCUGGCCUCCGCCUCGGGAAAGUACUCCGCGGAGGGCCACUGCUGGCUGAGCGUGCACAACGGGGUCAUCUGGGGCUUCGUGGGCCCAGUCAUCUUCAUCAUGAUGGUCAACAUCAUGGUCCUCACGCGCGUGGUCAUCAUCACCAUAUCCAUGGCUAAGAGGCGGUCCAUAAUGCUGGCGGUUAACAGCAGUCCGAUGGGGCAGGCGUACGAACACAUCCGGUCGGCGGUGAAGGCGGUUUUGGUGUUGUUGCCGAUCCUGGGUCUCACCUGGCUCUGUGGUGUGCUGGUGCCCUUCUCCAUCGUGAUCGCUUACAUCUUCAUCCUGCUGAACUCCCUGCAGGGUCUCUUCAUCUUCCUGAUAUAUGGGGUGUACAACACAGAGGUCCGAAGCACAAUCAACAGAAUCAAAGAAAGGAGAAGGGCGCUCAACUUUUCGAACUGCGCCAGCUCCAGGCCCUCCAGCUCAGUGACCAGCUCACGCCCGGCCAGCUCCCCGAUGCCCGGGCUCCAGUCCCACAGCCAGGAGGAAGGAGGGUACAGGACCUCCUCCAGCCACCUCAGCUCCUCCUUUGCUCCCCUCGACACGGCCACCGUGCUCUGCGAGAGCUCGUCGCACACCACCAACAGGCAUCAUUCAAUCCCCAGUGCUAAUGGCAGUCAGGAGGAGGAGUGUCCCAGUCCUGCCACUGUUGAUGUUGCUCCGAAACAGGUUUCGGCCUCCGGAGGACGGACUCCCGCUCCCACAGUGCUCCUGACCGCCCUCGGUAUUGAUCCGAUACACCUGCUGCACCGCUGUGGUCCCACAGCGACCCAACCCCAUCCCCUCACUCCCUCUACGGUCGGCUGUGGGCGGUUCAGGCCUUCUGCGCGGCUCUCCAUCAGGAGGGUUAACAAUUCAAGGCUGCUGAAAUUCGCUGGAGGAGGCUGUGCUCAGGCCCGUUUCUGA